AUGAAUACACUCAUCCAUCAGUGGCUACGAUUGUUGCAUGAGGAACAAACCACUGACAGCAGCAAUGAGUGCCACUCGGCAGAGCAAUCUCAACAACAGUUCGAAAUGAGGACGAUCAUGAAUGAUCUUCAAGGCCUCAAUUCCCGCAAUACAACUGUUUCUCCAGUAACUGCUGCUGGACCAACGAUGGUCAUUCAUCACCAAAAGCAUCCAUGGCAGUUCAACAGUUCCCUCCCAACCAAUGAUUGCAUGAAUUCUCUUGGUGGACAAGACUCCUUUGUAUUAUUAGAGCGACUUCUCGAUGAACCGAACCAAAUUUUGAACAAUGCUGCAUCUUCAAACACUUUGACAAUCCACCCUUCCACUCAACCAUGCUCUUUGGAUCCUUCUCUCACCAUCCAUCGUACCUCCCUUAAUAACCGACACCAACCUCAACAACAAAUAAGGAAUGUCAUGGGCGCCAACACCUCAAAAGUGAGUGUUCACUCGCUCAAAGAAGAUAUUUCCUCAUUGGUCUAUGUGUACUUGCCAAAUUGUUCAUUGCCCUUAUUAAUUCCUCAUUACUCAAUUCUGCAGUCCUGGUUGGCCCAACUAACAAACCAAAAGACGAGAAUGGCAUUGCGCGAGGUGACUCGACCUCAUUACUGGACUUUAAUUGGCGCUCGCAGUGAUAGUAGCAAUAGUAAGAGCGACGACGUUUUGGGACAACAACAGUACCAUCACCCACUCGAUCCGUCAUUUUCUUGUGGUGUGCACAACCCCUUACCUCAGGACAACGCAGCAAUGGGUGGACUCGCUAUGCCCACAACGACAACGACAACGGAUCACUUCCAACAAAUGCCAACUCUGCCAACUCUUGACCUUCUCUCACUCUUUCAGCAUGGUUUAAUUCGUGUGGAAGUGGAGGAUGGUUUUGGAAUCACCACGAACACGACCACUACAACCCUCACGUGUCCAUCCAUCUAUCUCGAUUUAGGUCUUUCCAACAUUACAGAAACGAACAAGGUAGAGAUUGAGAAGGCUUUUCUCUUUCCUCAAGUCGUUGAGAAUGGUUUGAGAAAUGAAGCAUCCAUUCUCAACUCUGCGACCUUUAUGGUCAAUUCGAAUAAUUUGGCCAUUCAUUGUCUAAUUAAUAUGUGUGUGAUAGGAUCUACUUUUCGAAAGGCAAAGAAUUCAUCACCUGGUUCUUCCUCUUCCACAACAGAAAGCUCAAAUCACUCUGACAAGUCUGCUUUGGAUCUUCUCAUUCGCCAAGCAUUGAGUCAAUGCGAAACGAUCAAUCAAAUCGUUGUGAUGCGAAGAACUAUUGAGAAUUUGCAGUAUCCACCCAAUCGAGGUCAGUGGAUCAAUGAAAAGACCUCUCCUCAACAAUUUCAUGCCACUAAAAAGGCCAUUCUCGAUUACAUUGAUGAAAAGAUGCAUCGAAGUUUUUUCAAAAUCUAUGAAUUGAAAGGAGAGUAUUUGGUAUUUCUUGGAUUCUCCAACAUGAAUGCUCUUCUUCAAUCGAAUGCGUUGGUGAUUGAUGCCUCUCAGAAAGAACUUCAGUGUUAUAAGGCAUUGCGACAUUUUCUUCUCUUUAAUGCAGAGGUGAUUCGAAAGUUGAAAGAAUUGUGCAUUUCAAGUCAAGAGAUCUCUACCAACCACAACAACAUUGACAAUUCCAUCCAUCUGAACCUCUUGUUAGGAAACAACAACAACAACAACAACAACUCCAACAAUAACAUGGAUGCUUCACUGAUCUCUGUUGCUCCCAAUACAACUACCACCACCACGACUAGGACUAAUGCUGAUAUCAUCAUGAUGAAUAGCAGCACGUACUCUUCCCCUCUUCUGGAGAGGGCACUCUUCAUGGAAAGUCCCGAUGGUCAUGAUUACACUCAAAUUCCUUCCUUGUGCUCUCUCAUUGAAUUCAGUCUCUGUGUGUUAAUUUCUCAACUCAAAUGGAACACCUUUCCACUCUUUGAUAAGAUCUCUCUUCUCUUUCGAUUGUACAAUGAAUUAAGUGUCUGUGGAAUCAUGACUCGAUUCGAUUUUCUGACCUUCUAUAAGGUCAUUGAGAAUCGACUCGAUGAGCACGAGAGUGGUCUUGAACGAAAAGUUAGAGCCUUCAAAAAGUCUCCUCUCAUGUAUGGCAUGAGUACGACUAUGAGAAGUGGAACCUUACAGGGAAAUGAUGUUCCUGGUUAUCCCUCACAGAUUCAUUUGGUCUAUGAUUCAGAUGAUCAGAAUGAUUCACAUGCUUGGCAAGAAGUGAGUACACUUGGAGUGUUGAAUCGUAUGAAGGAAUUAUGGAGGUUUGUGAAACAACUUUAUCACGAGCUUGAAAGAUCCAACAUUGACAAGGAAGAGAAGGAUCGACGAUCAAUAUUGACAAAUUCUGUUUCCCUUACGAAUGUGAAUCACCAACAAGACGAUAGUCAUGCUUCUUGUCUUGGUGGUGUUGAUGGUGGGGGAGAAUUGCAAGUGACGUUUCAAGAUGCUUCCAUUGCCAUUGAACAACUCUCAUCCUCAUUGGAUUUACUCCUUAAAGAAGAAGAUGAAGAACAAAGUACAUUCAACCACUACAAGAAUAACUUUAACCACCACACGAAUAUUCAAACCAUUCUCAAUCAUUACCAAGAAUUGGAACACAAUACCCAAGUGAGUGCUUUCAUGAAUUCUGCUCCGAUCACUCAAAUUGUUCUUCAACUCAAUCUCUAUCAUGAAAGAAAACGACGCAUUCAACAGGAACGUGAACAUCAAAGGAAGCUUCUCGAACAAAACAAGAAGAAACAACGAAGAAGGAAAUCGUCAGCGAGUGCUAAUCCUUCAAAUUCACAACUACCAUUGAAUGAAAGUCAAAGUAGCAAUGCAAUGACAACAACAGAAGCUAAGAACCAUACGAUUCCAUCGACUAAGGGAGGAAGAAGGAAAUCAUGUCCAUCCACUUCAGGAUGUUCAACCAGUCACACCAAUCAAACUCAGAAAUCAUCCAUGUUACAAUUUACCUUUGUUCAAGAAGAUGGAAAAUCCUUCAAGUCAUCCUCCAAGUCCUCUUCCUCUUCUUCCAACAAUAACAACAACACUCAUUCCAAGAAGAGAAGAGGAAGUGUACUCUCAACCACUUCGAAUGUCACCACAUGUUCUCAAGGAUCUUUUUCAUCGACCGAUGCAUCCGUUACAAGCAAUAGCAUCACCAACACGUACUGCAAUGCGGGACUAGAUCCUCAGAUGUUGAAUGAUCAGUCGAACUUCACGAUUCUUAAUUCAUUGCCUCAAAUUUUGCCUUCUCAGGGAGUAAUGACAACGAGUUAUUCCUCCACGAGCUCUUCCUCACAUUGUCCUUCAACUUCUUACACAUUCAAUGUCGACAGUCACAAUUAUGGAGCAGGAGAAGCAAGUUUCUUUCAUUCACAGAGACUGAUGGAUCUAAACACAAACCCCGUGAAUCAAUCUGGUCCUUACGAGUCGUACAUGACAAAAUUCUCACAAAUAUCUCCACAAGUACUGCUGGAUGAAGGUGGGGGCUUUUCUUUAGAUACUCUUCAGGAUCCAUUCAACACAGUAAGUGAGGUGGAUUCAUUGAAACAGGGAAUGAUUCCACUCUCAGACAUGAUCAUGACGGAGCACAUGAAAGGAGGAGAAUUCGAUUGGAUGAAUUCAUCCAGUUUGUGUUGUGAGGAUUCUUCAUGUAGUUUUUCGUCUCUGAUCGAGAAGGAAUUUUCGGAAAUUUUGGAUCUUCCUCCUGUGAAUGUUGCAGUUCCUUCCACUUCGACCACUGGUGGUUGUGGUAUCCUUUUGAAUGGUCUUGAACCAAUACAAAUGGGCGAAGAGUCGUCUGAUGUUUCAGAAGAAUCAAGUGGAAAGAAGAGAAAGCGAGGGGAAGACUUCUAA